AUGUGCAUGCUUUCAAGUUCAUUGUACUAGCGAGAAACUGUGUUUACCAUAGAGAUGUGACUUGUAUACUGUGAGUGUUAAUGAGUUUUCAAGAUAUAUAUCAGCUAAGAUAACAAGAGGAUACAGAGCGACCUCCUGUCGCCGACCGGGACUACCUCACCAAAUUGACACAGGUGUUCUUACCCUGUCUUAUGAUGACCGUCUGUCUGACUUGUGUUGACUCACGUGUGCAGUAAGGAGAUUUUAUCAGAUACACAUUGGGUAUGUGAUUUCUAUCGGAAAUCUACCUUCGGUGUGAGCGGCAUUUCAUGGCACCCGUCUGUGUGACCUGUGUUGACUCAAGUGUUCAGCAAGAAGAUUUUAUCUAACUUGUCUACAAACAUGGCGCAAUAAUUUCGGGGUGAACCAUAUAAGGUCAAGGUGUCUGACAGAGCGAGGACUAUGUUUCCAUUCGUCAAGCGUGGCAGACCUCUUCUUAAUUCGGCAAACCCACCUGCAUCAUGAAGGUAAGUUGUACUUAGAAAUCUUAAUUCGUGAUAUGUAAAAUUGUGGUUAAACAAAAAUUGUACCUUUAAAGGUGUUGAAUGUUCUUAAUCGCUUGAAAAUUUUUUACCCAAAUCUUAAUUCGUGAUAUAUAAAAUUGUACCUUAACAUAUUAAUUUACCUCAUUUAAACUUAACAAGUGGAAAUAAUGAAGAGGUUGGAGUAUACGAGUGAAAUUCUUACCAGACAAUGAGUGAAAUUUUUACCGGAUAAAUGUGUUAAUGAGUGAAAUUCUUAACAGAGGAUAAGAAAAGAAUACACGCGAAUUAAUGAAGAGGAGAAUGUCGAUAAUACGAAAAUCAUCGCAAAUCAAGCGAGGAGAUGCACAUCACGGUGAAAGAUUGACAGAAUUACAAAAAGAGUGGGAUCACAUAGAUGUAUUAUGGUAGAGGCUGUAAAAACAGCUGUGAAUGACGCUGAGAGAGCAGGUACUUCACAUAAUCCAGGGAGUAAUGACGCACAUCCUGGAGGUGCGACCGAGAAUGAACCUGAGAGUGCAGGUUGUUCUGCUAGUGUUGGUACCUCACAACACGGAGGUGCAGCCUGGAAUGUGGAUACAUCUGUCACCGUUAAUGAAGAUGAGAGAGCAAGUAUCUCACAUAGUCUGGGGAGUAAUGUCGCACACAACAGUGGAGGUGCGACCGUGAAUGAAGAUGAGAGGGAAGGUACUUCACAUGAUGCGCCUGUGAAUAUGAACGAUGAACAUCCAGAAAUUAUCACAUACGUCCAGAAUUUUAGAGGUAGGCACAAAGUGAGGAAAUAUAGUGUCCCUUCAACUUAUCAGAGAGAUUUAAGAAUGUAUUUGCAUGCUUAUAGGGAUUAUUUUAUAGGUCAGAUGCGAGAUAUGUAUGAUAGAUCACCUCUGGCAAUGUCACUCAGAAUCCAUCCGAUUAUAGUUAUUAGGACAUUACGCCAGAACAUAUUAGGUGAUGAUCAAAAUGGACAAUUUGUGAUAAAUUUAGUGUUUUAGUUAGUAAGUGAAGAGGAAAUCUCUGAAGUAUUUGAUCGAUGGGUGGGAACGAUAUUAGAAAGGUAUGAGACAGAGUUGCAAAAUCAGGAAGGGAUCAUAGAUCUAAAGGAAUCUUUGAGCAUAGAAUAUGUCAAGGUAGAAUUCAGAGUGCAAAUGGGAUCAUAUGUGGAAUAUCCCAAGAAACUACGAGGGAGCCAAUAUAUCUUUAAUCCAGAUAUUAAUUAUGGAUUGUGUGUACUGCGUGCUUUUGCUGCCUAUCAUUGUCACAAAAAGGGUAUGAGAUAGGAAAAUAUUUCCUAAGUUGUAAAUCCUAAGAGAGAGUGUCUUAGUCAUGCAAAAUCUUUUACAGAUGAUUUUCCCAUUACACGUGAUGAAUUAGGUCUAUUAGAAAAGGAAAAUAAGGUGUCAUUAUUCGUCUAUCAAUUAAGAGAGGAUAAAGAUGGGUCAUUUGUGGCUAUGUGCCGUAAGGGGAAUAAGAAAUAUAAGGACAUUAUGUGUGCCUUAUUGAUGAAUGAAAGUCAUUUGGUUUCAGUCAAAGAUUUUCACGGCUAUAUUAGAAUGAUAAUGACAGAAAAAAAAGGUGAUGAUAAGAAGCACUGCCAUAAUUAUUUGAUGAAGUUAAAUAUCCAGGAAGAGUUAGAUAUCCACGAAGAUGGAUGUAAAAUCGGACUCUCGUAUUCCCCCGGAAGGAACAACUGUACACUUUAGAAAUUUUAGUGAUACACAUUCCAGCGAAUACAUCGGUGUAUUCAAUUUCGAAUGUGCAUUAGAUACCACUCCCCCGGCAGGUAAAACUGAGUCACGCCAUAAAGCCAUUGCCUAUUGUUAUAUUAUAUUUGAUCACACAGGUGAAAUAGUGUGCAUGAAGAGUUAUAAGGGGAAGGACACUGUUAAUCAUUUCAUUUUAAAUGUCAAUGGUGAAUGGAGUAAGAUAAAGUUUAGAAGAGAGUAUCAUGUAAUCCAUAUGACAGAGGAGGAUAAGACCAGACAUGAUUCACAGAUCACUUGUGAAUUAUGUAGUAACACCUUCAAAGAUGCCAAAGAUAAUCAUAAACAUCAUGACCACACUUUAAAAUUCAAUAAUUAUAUUGGUGCAGAUUGUGCGCGAUGCAAUUUGCAGUGUAAAGAUAAGAGUGAGAAAUUAUUUUUUUUGUCAUAACAUGUCGUAUG